AUUGUCCUGUAAGUACACGCUGUACCUCUGUUCGCCGGGGUUAAUAAUCUUUGCAAUAGGCUUUAGUGACCGACGCUCUUAGAUAACAGCGGUUACGAGCAGCCCAUUUUAGCAUGGCCGGUCACCCCCGCUGUGCGUCUGAAGCCGUAGCUGGCUUCUUACCGGCGGGUUUUAGCUUUAAUAUUACAACCUCGCCAUAGUUCAUCUCUGCGCUAAAUGGAGCAACCCUGCAACGGACUUUAUUAAGCGACAGCAUGGUCUGACCUGAACGUUAGCGCGAGUAGAAGAUACCGUCUGUUGGAAGUUUGAACCCAAGGUCCAGAGAUAAGGCAGCCAUCAUGUGCAACUGAAGACAUCUUGAUGAUCACAUGGGCUUCUGACCUGUGCUGACCCAAUGGUUUAAUCAGCAGGACUAAAAAUGAGCAUAAGCAGUGAUGAGGUCAACUUCCUGGUUUACAGAUACCUACAAGAGUCAGGCUUCUCCCACUCAGCAUUCACCUUUGGCAUAGAGAGCCACAUCAGCCAGUCGAACAUCAAUGGAGCCCUGGUGCCCCCUGCUGCCCUCAUCUCUAUCAUUCAGAAGGGCCUGCAGUAUGUGGAGGCUGAAGUCAGCAUCAAUGAGGAUGGGACCUUGUUUGACGGACGGCCCAUUGAGUCGCUGUCUCUAAUUGAUGCCGUUAUGCCAGAUGUAGUGCAGACCAGGCAGCAGGCCUACAAAGACAAGCUGGCUCAGCAGGCGGCAGCAGGCAGCAGCAGCAGCACAGGGCCACAGGGAGGCUCCAAGAAUGGAGAGGGGGCCGCCAACGGAGAAGAAAAUGGAUCACAUGCCUUAGCCAAUAACCACUCAGAGACGAUGGAGGUGGACCGGGACGUGGAAAUCCCGCAGAGUAAAGCCAUGGUCCUGAGAGGCCACGAAUCGGAGGUUUUUAUCUGUGCCUGGAAUCCAGUGAACGACCUCCUAGCCUCCGGGUCCGGAGACUCGACGGCACGCAUCUGGAACCUGAGUGAAAACAGCACCGGUGGAUCCACCCAGCUGGUUCUGAGGCACUGCAUACGGGAGGGCGGCCAGGACGUUCCCAGCAACAAAGACGUCACCUCGCUGGACUGGAACAGUGAGGGCACAUUACUGGCAACAGGCUCCUACGAUGGCUUUGCCAGGAUAUGGACAAAAGACGGAAACCUGGCCAGUACUUUGGGUCAGCAUAAAGGUCCAAUAUUUGCACUGAAGUGGAAUAAAAAAGGAAACUUUAUCCUCAGCGCUGGGGUGGAUAAGACAACAAUAAUCUGGGACGCGCACACAGGAGAAGCAAAGCAGCAGUUUCCUUUUCACUCAGCACCAGCUCUGGAUGUGGACUGGCAGAACAAUAACACGUUUGCCUCCUGCAGCACUGACAUGUGCAUCCAUGUGUGUAAGCUGGGUCAGGACAGACCUGUCAAGACUUUCCAGGGACACUCGAAUGAGGUGAACGCCAUCAAGUGGGAUCCCACGGGCAGCCUGCUGGCCUCCUGCUCUGACGACAUGACACUCAAGAUCUGGAGUAUGAAGCAGGAUUCUUGUGUCCAUGACCUCCAGGCCCACAGUAAAGAAAUCUACACCAUCAAGUGGAGCCCCACAGGCCCUGGGACCAACAAUCCCAGUGCAAACCUCAUGCUGGCCAGUGCAUCUUUUGACUCGACUGUACGUCUGUGGGACGUGGAGCGUGGGGUGUGUAUCCACACUCUGACCCGCCACCAGGAGCCCGUCUACAGCGUGGCCUUCAGUCCUGAUGGCAAGCACCUCGCCAGUGGCUCCUUUGACAAGUGUGUCCACAUCUGGAAUACUCAGACGGGUGCUUUAGUUCACAGCUACCGGGGGACAGGCGGGAUCUUUGAGGUGUGCUGGAAUGCCACGGGGGACAGAGUAGGAGCCAGUGCGUCUGAUGGAUCGGUUUGUGUACUAGAGCUGAGAAAAUGACGCAUGUGUGGGGGAGCUAUGGACCGACUACGAAUGUGUUCAUAGCCAAAUGACUGUUCCUGCCUGUCUGCCACACUGCUGUAGUCCCAUCAGGUUCUCCGGCACGCUGUCGCUGCCGACUGGAGCACUCGCCUCUUCGUGGACCUUUUCUCAUCCAGCCACUUUUUGCUGUCGUUCAUCGGACCCACAACAGUCUGUACUGUCUGGACAUGGCAAGAGUCCAUCAUCGCUUGGACCCACAACAGAGCAACGACAUCUCCAGGAUCCUUCUGUUUUGUUAUCUUCAGACCCACUAGAUUGGAAGUAUACAGACAUUUGUUCCCUGUCGGUGUCCAUAUUAUACCCGUGUGAAUAUGGCUGCCGACAGAGAGCACAACUUGGGCUUUCCUGACCUUUACAGGAUUUAUGUUAUGACAUGUUGGUGUAGGGGAAGGGAGGAGGUUCGGAGAGAUUCAAGUGGAUAUUAAUUUCCUGUCUGUUUCCAUGAAUGCAGACAAUGCAGAUCUACAGUUUAUAACAUCUGCUCACUCAAUUUGCUGUCCAACAGAUGUUUUUUGCUCUUGAUGCCAUUUUUCCCAAUGUGCAAUGCCUCGCGACAGUAUUCAGAACACAUCCACAUGUUUUAUUGGUUUUCUGUGAUAGUUCAACACAUUUAAGCCCAUAGUGAAAUGUCUGGCAGUCCUUUGUAUUUGCUCCCUGGGUUCACACUGUGGAGAAAACUCAUUUUAAUGCAGCUACAGCUGAAAGUCUGUUAGAAUAUCUCUCAUCUGCAAAAACCAUCUUCAGCUCAGUCAGAUUUAAAAAAAGAGCUCUUGUGAAAAGUUUUUUUUUGUCCAGAUUCCUCAUUUGGACUUUGACUGGACCAUUCUAAAACCUGAACAUGCUUUGUUCUAAAACCCAGUCUACUGUACCUGCAGCUGUAUGUUUAGGGUUUGCUGGAACAGGAUCACCCUGAACUUAGCUUCAUCCGUCUUCUCAACGAGACAGGUCAGAGCAACUUCUCUCUUCUUGCUUUAAAAAAAAAAUGCAUCCGCAUACCGUGAAGCUGCCACCUCCAUGUUUCACUGUUGGCUAGGUGCGCUCAUCUAAUCAGAACAUGUUCUACCACAUGUGUGCUGCACCUGCCACAUGGGUUGUGGCCAACUGCAAACGGGCCUUUUUAUGGCUGGCAAUGAGUUUCUUCCUGCCAGUCUUGCUCAGAGACCAGCUCUGAGGAGCACACGGCUGGCGUUUAACCUCCCAGCAUAUCCUGAUUACUCAUCUGGUCACCAUCUGGUUGCUCUAAAUUUUAUUUAGGGCUAUGAAUGAGGCUGAAUACAAACAGACGCUACAACUUUUUUUUUCCAUUUUCCUUCCACUUCACAGUGAAGCUACACUUUAUGUUGGUGUAUCAUGUACAAACCCAAUCAGGUACAUGGUGUAACCAUGACAAAAUGUGGAAAAAUUCAAGAGCUGCGACUAAUCCUGUAAGUUUCUGUCUAUGAUCAUUCUCUGUCGCGGAUGUGUUCCUACGCAGUCACAGACACUGAAAAUGUCUGGGCUGAGGUAUAAUCGACGCGACGGUUAGCGCCGAAGUCAGAGGUGUCGAUGUGCAGCUGAGCUCGCCGUGUAUCUGUGCUGCAGAUAACAGACGGCCAGGCUUUUUGUGUCAGAUGUGAUGCGCUGCCGCUUCCUGAGAGGGGAAGUGGAAACCCUGUGGUCUCGUGGUUUUUGCCUGGCACCGCCGUGUAACAGCUUUAAUCGGGCUAGUCUUCUCUGUUAACGGCCCCGCCGCCCAACGAUGAUCAGACCAGAUUAUUGUUGCAGCAGCCAUUUAUUUACAGCGGUCGUCAUGCUCACCUUUUUCAGAAACUACAGCUUCUGGGUCAAAAUGUCUGACUGACAGCAUGACGUUUCCCUUCUGACCCGACGUUGCAGCCAACGCUUUGGUUUGCUGUCAUCAGGCACUUGUUGCCGCACAUUAACACAAAGACGCUAGAGACGGGCUGAGUGCAGGCCUGCGCUAAGAUUAGACGGUGCUUUGUUUGUAGUGUUUAGAGUCUGCUUCCUCUAAAGCAAACAUGCAGUAUAGGAAUCCAUGUACCACAAAGUAUAAGUCACAGCAGCUUGUCACUUAGCUGGCUCAUCAUCUAAAAUACCAUUAAACUGUCAGAACUGCAUACAGAGGAGGAGGCAUUUGAAGUUGUUUUGCACUUUAGCCUGAAAUGGAGAAAAAUAUGCAGGUGUUGUUAAUUCAGUCAAUCAGAGAGACAUCUGACGGCCAGGAGGGUUGCCAGGGUUUUUUGGUGGGUUAGUCAUGGAGAUUCAUCUCCCACUUCAUCGGUCGAGUGCAGAUCGUUGUAGGUCUGUCACCUCAACCCAGCAGCUCACCUACAUAUCUUGAACUAAAAAUGCACUUAAAUUGGGGACUGAUUUAAAGUUUGCUUGACUAAAGCCAGCACUGCGUGAAGCCGAUCCCUCAGCCUCUGCUGCAGAUGACGGAUAUGACAGCGGGACAGUGUUUUAUAUUGCUUUGCUCUUUGACAGUUUCUUUUGUUGGAAAGUCCUUGAAGGUUUUGUAUUUAUGAAAACUUUUGUAAUUUUGAUUCGUUUUUAGCUACGUACUCAAGAUGGGGGGGGGGUAAAAGAAAUCUGCUAAAUAUAAUUGUUGAUGUAAUAUAACACAGAACAUGUACAUACCAAUUUUCUGAAGUUUUUGCUGUCUUUCCACAGAACUACAUUGUACUUUGUCACGGCUGCAGCCUCCUGAUCAGACUGUUGGUAUAUCACUCAGAUCUUAAGGUCUAGAAUAAAAUCUAUUUUGAUAAUA